CUUUGACGGUUUAGUUAAACUAAUAAAGGGCAAAACUGUCAUUUUGACGGUUGAUCCAUGUUUUCACCAACCAAACAACACUCUUCUCAGUGACUUUUUUUUUUUUGUUUUUUAAUUAUUAUUGAUCGAUCAUCCAAAGCAGCAGCCGAAGACGACCGCCGGCGAUUUUUCCGGUUGGUAAUUGUUCUCGUCUGAUCUUCUUCCUCACGCUCCUGUUUCAAUGGAAGCAAUAGCUACUUCAAGGGUUGUGCCAGUUCAGCUUCCCUGUAGAAGACAGCUCUCUUCACUUUUUGCUAAUUCGUCUUGCAUUGAGUUAAGGAGAUAUCCUUGUAGAGGUCUUGUCUCGAUCAUGCACCAUCCCAAAUUGCUUCGUCCAGUGACUGCUUCUGUGCAGCCACAAGAGUUGUCGGCUUUGGGGAACGAAAGCAACGUUGUUCCUUCUAAAGAAAUUCUUGAUCUUUGGCGAAGUGUUGAAGCGGUAUGUUUCGAUGUGGAUAGCACGGUUUGUGUGGAUGAAGGUAUUGAUGAACUUGCUGAGUUUUGUGGAGCUGGAAAGGCUGUUGCUGAAUGGACUGCCAGAGCGAUGGGUGGAUCUGUUCCAUUUGAAGAAGCUCUAGCUGCAAGACUUUCUUUGUUCAAGCCUUCUCUUUCAAAAGUUGAGGAAUAUCUCGAAAACAGACCCCCGAGGCUAUCCCCUGGCAUUGAAGAGUUGGUCAAGAAACUCAGAGCCAAUAAUAUUGAUGUCUAUUUGAUAUCUGGAGGUUUUCGACAGAUGAUCAAUCCUGUAGCAUCGAUUCUUGGCAUCCCUCGGGAGAAUAUCUUUGCUAACAAUCUUCUAUUUGGAAACUCCGGCGAGUUUCUGGGCUUUGAUGAGAACGAACCUACAUCAAGAAGUGGAGGCAAAGCCAAGGCUGUGCAACAAAUACGAAAGGGUCGUCUCUACAAGACUAUGGCCAUGAUUGGAGAUGGUGCUACUGAUCUCGAAGCACGUAAACCUGGUGGCGCAGACUUGUUCAUAUGCUACGCCGGAGUUCAGCUUCGUGAAGCCGUUGCAGCAAAAGCAGACUGGCUUAUCUUUAAGUUUGAAUCUCUCAUAAACUCAUUGGACUAAAAGAUAGUGAUUAUUCUCGUUUAUCUAAACUCAUUAUUCAUAUCUCCAAAUUUGUACCCUUUUUUUAUGAAUUUGUGUGAAAUACCAUUGAAUCAACAAAUGUUUUUGCCAACU